CUGUGGGAUGGAAUGAUGGAGGAGGAUUCUUCCAGGAUAGUGAAAAUGGCUGAUUAUCAAGUGACCGUGUCCACUUCCUAUCUGGAUGAUGCUGGCACUUGUGACCAUGUCUUCAUUAAGCUGGUGGGAAAGGAUGGUGAGAGCGAACGCACGAGGCUCAUGGACUCCAAGGAAGAGUCAUCCUUCAUCAGAGGAGCAGUGUCUACUUUUACCAUGUCCUGCCCUGUCUCCAUUGGAAAGCUGGUCCGGAUAGAGCUUGAAAAACAGCCUUCCCAAAAUCCGGAGAAGUGGUUUCCCACCAAGGUGGAAGUGAAAUCCCCCGAGGAAGGCACCUUCAAGUUUCCCAUCCGCAGCUGGAUCACUGACAGUGAGGUGCACCGCUUCAGAGAGGGAAUAGAGCCAGGCAAGCGGCCCUUCGAAAAACUGUUCUCGGCGAUCCGUCCCCCUGAGGAAAGCACCUCCAACUUUCCCAGUGAUCGCCGGCAAACUGGCACAAGAGAGCUUCGCUUCGGAGGGGGAACAGAGCCAGGCAAGCGGCCCUUCAAAAAACUGUUCUCGGUGAUCUGUCCCCCUGAGGGAGGCACCUCCAACUUUCCCAGUGAUCGCCAGCAAACUGGCACAAGAGAGCUUCGCUUCGGAGGGCGAACAGACCGGAAUCAGCGAGAGAAAGACUAUCGCUGGCAUGAGCAUGCAGAGGGAAUACCCCACUGCAUGAAGGCAGAACACCUCUCUGAUCUGCCUCCUGAGGUCCAGUUCUCCUUCACCAAGGAGGCAGAGUUUAAGCUCACUGCAGCUUUUGGGCUGGCUGAGCUGUACCUGAAUGGUCUGGCUGAUUCCAGGGAGAACUGGCUUGAUAUUGAUGCCAUCAAGGGGGUGUUCUGGUGCAAACGGACUGACAUAUUAGACUAUGUCCAGGAACACUGGAAGGAGGACGCUUUUUUUGCCUACCAGUUUCUAAAUGGCGUCAACCCCAUGUUGAUCCGACGCUGUUCAGCUCUGCCUGAUAACUUUCCUGUCACUGACGACAUGGUCUUCCCCAGUGGUCAGUUCAGCUUGGCAAAGGAGAUGAAGAAAGGCAACAUAUUCCUGUGUGACUACAAGCGUUUGGAGGGAGUGAAAGCAAACACCAUCCACGGGAAGCAGCAGUACUUGAUGGCUCCCCUCGUCCUGCUCCACAAAACACCUGAUUAUGAGCUGAUGCCAGUUGCUAUCCAGCUGAAGCAGAAUCCAGCAGAAGACAACCCCAUCUUCCUUCCUACUGAUUCUGAGUACGACUGGUUGACGGCCAAGAUUUUUGUGAGAAGUGCAGAUUUCAACGAGCAUCAAAUCAACUCUCACCUGCUGCGCACUCAUCUGCUGGCUGAAGUGUUUGCAGUGUCACUGCUGCGCAACGUGGCCAGGACACAUCCACUGUACAAGGUCCUUGCAGCUCACACCCGCUACACUCUGCAGAUCAACUUCUUGGCGAGAGAUCGUUUGAUAUCCGAGACUGGAGUUUUCACAAAGUUUGCAGCCUCUGGUGGAGAGGGUUUGGUGACACUCCUGCAGAAAUCACUGUCCUCAGUGACCUACAGCUCCCUCUGCAUGCCAGAGGACAUCGCUGAGCGUGGGCUGGAGGACGUGCCGAACUUCUACUACAGGGAUGAUGGACUCAAGCUUUGGGAUAUCAUCCACAGGUUUGUGCAGGCAGUGCUCGGCUUCUACUACAAGAAUAAUGAUGCGGUCAAGGAAGACGACGAACUGCAGAAGUGGAUUGGGGACAUUUUUGAACACGGAUUCCUUUCCCAAGAAGGCACAGGAAUUCCACAGAGCUUUACCACCGUGGAAGAGUUGGUCAAGUUUGUCACCAUGGUGAUCUUCACUUGCUCAGCACAACACUCUGCUGUGAACACUGGACAGUAUGACUAUGGAGGCUGGAUGCCCAACACUCCCAUCUCCCUGCAGCUUCCUCCACCAGCCAAAAAGGGGACAACAAGCGAGGCCACGAUGCUGCAGACAUUACCUGACAUGGGCACAACGGCUAAUGGAAUGGCCGUCAUGUGGUUACUCAGCAAAUCAUCCUAUGACUUUGUCGCUCUUGGCAAGUCUCUGGAGGACCAUCACAGUGAGGAGAUUCCCUCCCACUACGUAAAGGCUUUUCAAGGAGAGCUUCAAACGUUAAGCGCACACAUCAACAUCAGAAACAUGAGUCUGGAGGUGCCAUACACAUACCUGGAUCCAGCUGUGAUAGAAAAUAGUGUGGCCAUUUGAAUAUCAGAAGGUGUGAC